AUGGCAGGUCGCCGGUGGGACGCGACGUCAGCCCUCUGCAUGUGCGUGGCAGCCGUCUCUCUCCUGCACGCUGGUGGGGUGCGGGCAGACUGCUGGCUCAUCGAGGGGGACAAGGGCUUUGUUUGGUUGGCCAUCUGCAGCCAAAACCAGCCCCCCUACGAGUCCAUCCCCCAGCAAAUCAACAGCACCAUCGUGGACUUGCGGCUGAAUGACAACAAGAUCAAGAGCGUGCAUUACGCCUCGCUCAGCCGCUUCGGCAACCUGACAUACCUCAACCUGACGAAGAACGAGAUCUCCUACAUCGAGGACGGUGCCUUUUCAGGACAGUUCAACCUCCAGGUGCUGCAGCUGGGUUAUAACCGACUGAGGAACCUCACCGAGGGCAUCCUCCGGGGCCUGGGGAAGCUGGAGUACCUCUAUCUCCAGGCCAACCUCAUCGAGUCUGUCACCCCCAAUGCCUUCUGGGAGUGUCCCAACAUCGUGAACAUUGACCUGUCCAUGAACAGGAUCCAGAGACUCGACAGCAACACUUUUCGGGGCCUAAACAAGCUCUCUGCCUGUGAACUCUACAGUAACCCCUUCUACUGCUCCUGCGAGCUCCUUGGCUUCCUGCAAUGGCUGGAGGCUUUCACCAACAUGACGCGCACGUAUGACCGGAUGCAGUGCGACUCCCCACCCGACUACACGGGCUACUACUUGUUAGGCCAAGGCCGGACUGGCUACCGCAAUGCUCUGAGCAUGCUCUCUUCCCUUUGCACCGGCGGCUCCUACACUGUGAUCCCUCGUUUUAUCCCUCCCAGGUACCAGGUGACCACAGCGCCCUCCGAAAGCCCCUGCUCUGAGGAGGAGUGCUCCUCUGGUGAUGGCACGACCCCGCAGUUCCCCCUCUUCACACCCCUUGGCGAGACCGAGGUGCGCCCCAACAUCCAGGUGAAGCACCUCAACCACAACUCGGCUGUCCUCACCGUGCAGAUCCCCUACCCCUUCAGCAAGAUGUACAUCCUCUCCCAGUUCGAAAACGGCUUCUCCUCCAUGAUUACCAAGCUCAGGAAGAAGGAGGAGAACAUCACCGUGAGCAACCUAGUAGCACAAAGAGAUUACACCUACUGUGUAGUCUCUGUCCACCAAUACUCCAAGUACAACCACACCUGUGUCACCAUCACACCCACCAGACCCAACCGCAAGGAGCCGGUGCCCACCCCUUCCACUGCCACCCAUUACAUCAUGACAAUCCUGGGCUGUCUCUUUGGCAUGGUGAUUGUCCUGGGUGUUGUAUAUUACUGUCUCCGGAAGAGGCGCCAGCAGGAGGAGAAGCACAAAAAGGCUGCCGGCAGCAUGAAGAAGACCAUCAUCGAGCUCAAAUAUGGGCCAGAAAUGGAGACCACCAGCAUCACCCAGCUGUCCCAGGGGCAGAUACUGGGUGGGGAGACGGUGACCCGCAUCCCCUACCUGCCUUCUGCUGGUGAGGUCGAGCAGUACAAGCUGAUUGACAGCAGCGAGACCCCCAAGGCCACCAAGGGCAACUACAUGGAGGUGAGGACGGGUGAGCAGCCUGAGAGGCGAGACUGCGAGCUGUCCCUUCCACCGGACACCCAGAGCUCUGUGGCUGAGAUCUCCACCAUUGCCAAGGAGGUGGACAAGGUGAACCAGAUCAUCAACAACUGCAUCGAUGCCUUGAAGUCUGAGUCCACCUCCUUCCAAGGGGUGAAAUCGGGGGCAGUCUCCACAGUGGAGCCUCAGCUGGUGCUCUUGUCAGAGCAGAUCCCCAGCAAACACGGAUUCCUCUCCCCCAUCUACAAGGAAAGCUACAACCACCCUCUCCAGCGGCACCACAGCAUGGAGGCAGCCCCCAAACGCUCCAGCACCUCUUCCAGUGGCUCCAUACGGAGCCCUAGGUCCUACCGCUCCGAGGGAUCGGGCCACAAAUCAGAAGCCAAAUACAUUGAGAAGACAUCCCCCACCACUGACACCAUUCUCACUGUGACACCGGCCGCAGCCAUCCUGCGGGCAGAGGCGGAGAAGAUCCGUCAGUACAGCGAACACCGGCACUCGUACCCCGGCUCGCACCAAGGCGAGCAGCACGACAGCAUGGCAGGGCGAAAGCCCUCCAUCCUGGAGCCUCUGACCCGUCCUCGCCCCAGAGACCUGGCCUAUUCCCAGCUCUCACCUCAGUAUCACAACCUGAGCUACACCUCCAGCCCAGAGUACACCUGCAAACCAUCGCACAGCAUCUGGGAGCGCUUCAAAAUCAACCGCAAGCGGCACAAAGAUGAGGAGGAAUAUAUGGCAGCCGGCCAUGCCCUACGCAAAAAGGUCCAGUUUGCCAAAGACGAGGAUCUUCACGACAUCUUAGACUACUGGAAGGGUGUCUCUGCCCAGCAAAAGUCCUGAGUCCUCACACAACUCGUGACUUAACACACUAACUGGACCAAAAGAAA